AGCUAGUUAAUACGUACACUUAAUUCCAACAUGUUAUCAGAGCCGGUUGCUAUAGCACCAAGCAAUCACUCCUUAUCUUCAAUUUUCUCUCUGGCACCAUUACGCUUCCCAAUUCUUCUCUCCUUAUCUUCAACUUCGAUCCUAGAGAUUUCCAGCGAUGGAGUUGAAUGGCCGAUUCGCCUAUUACAUCAUGUCCCAACCGAUGCAUCUAUCUUCGCCGAUUAUCUCGCGUCGCUGAAUCGUCGCAGUACAGCUUGCUCCGGUCCGAGGCGCGGGCGGCGGCGCCGUCUCAAUCGCGACGAUUCGAGUCUUUCAGGACAAUAAAGCUCAGAUCUGGCUCGAUCGAAGUGCCAGAGGGACACCUGCCGGUGUACGUCGGAGAGGAGAUCGAGAGGUUCGUCGUGAGCGCGGAGCUCCUCAACCACCCCGUCUUGUUCGCCUCCUCAACCAGUCGGCGCAGGAGUACGGUUACAAGCAGCAAGGCGCUCUCCGGAUCCCCUGCCACCAGCCUCAGAUCCACCAAACUCGCCACAUGGGAUCUCCGUCGACUACAGAGCGUAUCCCUAUGGAAAUCAACGACAGCUGUGGUUCCGUCUUUGAAGAUCCCCUAUUAUGGGCUCUCCAUUCUUCAGGUCUCCUUCACGUAUUGAUCUCUCCAAUUGAGAUUGAGUAUCAACUUCAUUUUCAUCCUCAAUGGCAGCCCUUGAUUGCUGCAAUUCCUCUCUAAGAUUUUCAAUUUCAGCUUUAAUAGUUGGAGUUUGUUGCAAAUCUGCAUUCAUCCUUUUCAGAUUUUCAGUCAUCCCCUGAAUCUCAGUUGUGUGCUCCUGUUUAGCACCAUUUAAAAUUUUAAAUCUGCAUCUUUACAGAUUUUUUUCAUGAAGUUCUCUUAGCUUUAUUUUCAUUCUCAUAAUUUGAAUGUUCAGUUUCAAUCAUUCUCUUUCAUUUCUGUAAUUCAGAAGUUUCAUCAUUGUUCAAUUUCACUCAGUCGGUUUGAUUGAGUUUCACUCGUAUCGUUUUGAUCGAGUUUCACUUUCAUCAUCAUCCGGUUUUCGAUUGAUUUCAUCAAUUGCUUUUGUCAAUUGAUUUCAUUUCAUCUUUUGAUGUUUUCAUGUGAAUUCAUCAAUUGAUUUGUCAUCUUAACUUCAUCAUCGGUUGUGUCUCUCAAUUUCAGAACCAUGGUUUUUAGAUUUCUUGGGUUGCCAAGUCAGACGAGUUCUUUGUGACGGAAGAAAGGCAAAGAAGUUAAAAGAGAAUGGAUCUGCAGAUCCCUCUGGUGGACAUACAAUAAACAGGUUGUUCCCUCACACUUUUGGUCAGGCAUUGGCUCAUUUUCUGAGGGCAAAUGCAAAUGUCCCAGUAGCUCAGAUAAUCACAGAACAUCCAACAAUUAGGGUUGGACUUGUUUUUUGUGGUAGACAAUCUCCACGAGGACAGAAUUUCAUAUGGGGGUUGUAUGGUGCCCUCAAAGUUCACAAUUCUUAAAGUACUUUGCUUGGAUUUUUGGGUGGUUCUGAAGGUCUAUUUGCACAAAAGACACUUGAAAUCAAUGAUGACAUUCUGGAUACAUAUAAAAAUCAAGGUGGUUAUGACAUGUUGGGCAGAACUCAAGAUCAAAUUGGAACAACUGAGCAAGUAAAUGCUGCUUUGGCUGUUUGUACACCCUUAAAUUGGAUGGUCUUGUCAUCACUGGAGGUGUCAAACACAAGAUGCUGUAAGCUUCACAGAAAAGUUUGUUGUUUAGGCAUGGUCAACAAGGAUCUUAUUCAGUUGCAAGUUGAAGUUGUUCCCACCUUCAACUUGAGAUAAAUUGGUACCCAAUCGAAGAACGAGAAGAAAAAGAAAGGGAUACAUUCACUGAUUCAGGAAGAAGGCGGCGUUCGUCGACAGGGGGUAGGACGAAUGGCCAUGGUUUCAUGCAACGACAGUGCUGGGUCGAUUUGUGCUUUUGAUCAUCUUUCCAGAAUCCCAGGUUCAAUGGAAUAAUGCGAUUGCCCGCAACAGAAUGGCCUGCGACCUCAUCAAAGAAGAAGCUUACGAAUAUAGGCCUUUAGCAAUUCCUCUGUAACUGAAAUUCCACUUCAAGUGUUCCCUUCAAAUCCUCCAAUUUAGAAAGCUUCUUCUUCUGUGUCUCGACCUUAGCAUAUCCGACGGUCAAAUUCAUGCAAGGCAGGGACACACUAAUUCAGCAACUAGGUCAAGGACGUCACGCUGAUUUAAGGACACCACCAUUUUAAGGCGGAACUUUUUUCUUCUCUUGAAUUCUUUAUUUAGAUUUGUACUUUUUAAAAAGAAUGGUGAUUUUGAAUUCAUUUUUUACUGUUUUGUAAUUUUUUGAAUAUGCUCUCUUUUCAUAAUCUGAUAACCUUCAAGUUGAAGUGCAGAAUUUAUGUCUCUCAUUCAUUGUAGUCAUUUUUUCUAAUUACUUUAACAUUAUGUUUGGUUCAAGGAAUUCGGAAGAAAAGAAAAGAAAAUGAUUCUCUCUCUUUCUUUACCAAAAUAGAGAAAUUCGGUUUCCUCUCCUUUUAUUUUACUUUCUUAUUUUCUUCUCUCAAACCAAACAUGAAAAAUUGUUUUUCCUCUCAUUUUCUUUCCUUUUUCCUUUCAAAUUACUUGAACCAAGCAUAGUGUAAGAGGUAUUCAUUGUUUUUGAAUUAAAGCAAUGUUUUUUAC